UAUAUAUAUCUCAACAUGACCCGUGGUAAUCAAAGAGAACAAGCUCGUUUGAAGAAUCUUAAAAAGCAACAACAAGAAAAAAAGGGCAAAUCUAGUGAUAGUGGUCAAAAAUUGACUCAAAAGAAGGAAAGUGAUGCCGAAAUCAUGCGACAAAAGCAAUUACUUGCUCAACAAAGAAAGGAAGCUGAAGCUGCUGCAAAGAAAUAGGAAUUUUAUCACUAUUUUGUUUUUUUGUUUUUAGUUGUUUUAUUCUAUUUUGAUUUAUUUAGUACUUAAAAUAAAAAAAAAAAAGAAAAAGAAAAUCAUUUGUUA